CCCAGAAGCCUUUUUCACAGACAAAAAUGGCUAGAGUUUUCUCUGGGGUCGCCUUUCUUUUCUUUGGAUUUCUUGGCUUAUUCUCUUUCCCAGCUGAAGCAGCCAUAAAGAAGUACCAAUUUGAUAUUCAAGUGAAGAACGUGAGCAGAUUGUGCCAUGCAAAGCCUAUUGUUACCGUUAAUGGGAGAUAUCCAGGGCCUACAAUAUAUGCUAGAGAGGGAGAUAGAGUUAUCAUCAACGUAACAAACCAUGCGCAAUAUAACAUGUCAAUUCACUGGCAUGGAUUGAAGCAAUAUAGAAAUGGUUGGGCUGAUGGACCAGCUUACGUUACACAGUGCCCAAUCCAGACCGGGAGCAGCUACAGUUAUGACUUCAAUGUAACAGGACAAAGGGGAACAUUGUGGUGGCAUGCACAUAUUCUUUGGCUGAGGGCUACAGUCUACGGUGCAUUUGUUAUCAUGCCAAAGCCUGGCACCCCAUUUCCUUUCCCACAGCCGCACCAAGAAUUUGAAAUUGUGUUCGGAGAAUGGUGGCAUGCGGAUGUGGAAGAGGUUGAGAAGAAAGGGGCCAAAAUGGGCUUGCCGCCGAAUAUGUCUGAUGCGCACACAAUCAACGGAAAGCCGGGGCCACUUUUUCCAUGCUCUGAAAAACAUACUUUUGUGAUGGAGGUUGAACUAGGCAAAACGUAUCUCCUAAGGAUCGUCAACGCUGCCCUCAACGAUGAGCUUUUCUUUGCUAUUGCUGGUCACAGCAUGACAGUAGUGGAGGUUGAUGCAGUUUACACAAAGCCAUUCACCACUCAGGCUAUACUUAUUGCACCUGGCCAAACCACAAACGUCUUGGUCCAAGCUAACCAAGUCCCUAGCAGAUACUUCAUGGCCACCAGGCCUUUCAUGGAUGCUCCACUUGCCAUAGACAAUAAAACUGCCACCGCAAUAUUCCAAUACAAAGGCGUUCCAAACACCGUCCUCCCCACCCUUCCCCUGUUGCCGGCAUCCAAUGACACAGCUUUUGCUUUGAGCUACAAUGAGAAGAUUAAGAGCUUAAACUCUGCACAGUAUCCUGCCAAUGUUCCCCUCAAAGUUGAUAGAAACCUCUUUUACACUGUGGGUUUUGGAAAGAAUUCUUGCCCAACAUGUGUCAAUGGAACUAAAUUCCUUGCUUCCUUGAAUAACAUCUCUUUUGUGAUGCCCCAAACUGCCCUUCUCCAAGCUCACUACUUCAACAUUAAAGGAGUAUUUAGAACUGAUUUCCCUGACAAGCCUCUAACUCCUUUCAACUAUACUGGUGCACCACUUACAGCAAAUCUUGAAACUGCCACGGGAACAAGGAUUGGCAAAAUUGCCUUUAAUUCUACGGUGGAGCUGGUGCUACAAGAUACUAAUCUUCUAACAGUUGAAUCGCAUCCAUUCCAUCUCCAUGGCUAUAACUUCUUUGUCGUCGGGACAGGUAUCGGAAAUUUCGAUCCCGCAAAAGAUCCGGCCAAGUACAACUUGGUUGAUCCUAUUGAAAGAAAUACAGUUGGAGUUCCCACAGGCGGUUGGACUGCCAUUCGGUUCAGAGCUGAUAAUCCAGGUGUUUGGUUUAUGCAUUGUCAUUUGGAGCUCCAUACUGGUUGGGGAUUGAAAACGGCAUUUCUGGUAGAAGAUGGAGCAGGACCAGAUCAAUCUGUUCUCCCUCCGCCCAAGGAUCUUCCACCAUGCUAGCCCUUGUAGAGUUUUCAAAAAUGAAUGGUGUGUUUGUGUAUAACCACAUUUUUAUGUGGGAACUGCUUUCUACUUUCGUCCUGCAAAAGUUGCAAGUGUAAAAUUUGAGGAAAUAAUUACAAAAAAUGAUUUGAAGAUUU